GAGAGACUGAAAACAAUGCCCGACACACUGCUUUCUCCAGGAAACUUACUCUAAAGUUCUCUUUAUGGCGUUUCAAAAUGACAGACUCUAACCUGAGGAACGAAAGCAACUAUGGGAUCUAUUUUGCUGAAGCUUUCAAUGGAUCUGUUGUGGACCAAAUAUUUCCAAACGACAGCAUCACAACGUGCCAGUACUUCACAAUGGACUCACAAGUUGUCGGGGUUGGGAUCUUUCUCGCCGUUUUUAUUUCGGUGGCAAUUGUUGGGAACAUUUUGGUCAUUCUGUCUGUGGUAUGCAAUAGACAUUUGCAGACUGUCACAAACUUCUUCAUUGUCAACUUAGCCAUGGCAGACCUGCUGUUGAGCAUUAUUGUGCUGCCUUUCUCUGCAUCUCUGGAGGUUCUGGGAUGCUGGGUGUUUGGCCGGGUUUUCUGUAACAUCUGGGCAGCGGUGGAUGUGCUCUGCUGCACUGCAUCCAUCCUCAGCCUCUGCGUCAUCUCCAUCGACCGGUACAUAGGUGUUAAACACUGCUUAAAAUACCCAACUAUUAUGACAGAGAAGAAGGCAGUAGCUAUUUUAGUGCUAGUUUGGGUAUCAUCCACGGUCAUCUCUGUCGGACCGCUCCUGGGAUGGAAGGAACCGCCGCCGGUGGACGACAGAAUCUGCAGAAUCACAGAGGAGCCGGGCUACGCGCUCUUCUCCUCUCUUUUCUCUUUCUACCUCCCGCUCAUGGUCAUUCUCAUCAUGUAUUUUCGGGUCUAUGUGGUUGCCCGCAGGACUACUAAGAGCCUAGAAGCGGGCGUCAAACGAGAGAGAAAUAAGUCGAUGGAAGUGGUCCUCCGGAUACACUGUCGCAGCGUGCUGGAAGACGCGCGCCCGACCUGCUCAAAAAGCACCAAAAACCAUCCGUUUCGGAGUUCGCUGUCAGUGCGGCUGAUGAAGUUCUCCAGAGAGAAAAAGGCUGCUAAAACCCUCGCCAUCGUAGUGGGGAUGUUCAUCUUGUGUUGGCUGCCUUUUUUCUUCUUUCUACCGAUGGGUGCAUUCUUUCCGGCACUGAAGCCACCUGAAACAGUGUUCAAGGUGGUCUUCUGGCUGGGCUACUUUAACAGCUGCAUCAACCCAAUGAUCUACCCCUGCUCCAGCAAAGAGUUCCAGCGGGCGUUCACUCGGCUCCUCAGGUGCCAGUGUCACCAGAGAAAGAGGAUCCUGCGUCGCUUCUAUGACCAGAGGUGGCGGACAGCUGUCAAGGGAAUGACAAGGCAGCAGAGAGAAGACUGUAAGCAUGGCUAUGCUGUGCGCGAAUCCUGUGGCAGCUCUUUGUUACACAAGGGGAAAGGGCGCUCGCUAGGUUUCAAGAAAUGGAGUCUAUUUCCACCACUGCAAAAAUCUUCCUUCCAGCUCAAAGAGAAAGUGAACAAUCUGUCAAAUAAAAUCAAGGGAGGGCCAGGAAAAGGGACCACACCUGCAGUGGGUAGGAUUGAUAUAGUAGACACUGUCUCUAUGGGGAUUUACAACUCCUGUGAGCAGAGCAGUUAUCAGUUCUAUGAUCUGGCAGACUGCUAUGGCCUGAAAGAGACUGACAUUUAG